UAGUUUACACUACCGUCAGCCAAAGCACCAAAGAACCGGCUCCUCACGCAGGCUACAUUUAGACAUAUAACGCCUAUAUACUCAUAACGUUUCACACCAUUUCGGAUGAAUCUAACAACUUUCCUCCAGGCACACUUAAAACUACGUGACGAAGAGUGCUCGGAUGGACUGGGAACACUGAAAUCCGCAUGCAUUCUCUCAACCUUUUUGUAUAAAUAGCUUAUGUUAAAUGCUAAUUCGCAUUAGCAUCUAGCAUCGCUCACCCGGACAGUGUUAUUUAGCCGACAGCUCACGCUAACCAAUGCCAAUGGGUUCAAAUGUAGCUUAGCUUAGCAGUCCGCGGGGGCCUAGCGACCUGCGCGCCAGAAACCCGACAACUUUUCUCCCUAAAGCCCGCCGGUGAGACCAAAACCUAGUCCUUGGAGAUUAAAUAAAACCAACAUACGGCGAGUUCUUGUUUCCUUUUCACCAGUUCCGCCAGCUCCCGACGAGUGUCGGGGAUCUGUGGUGGAGUUGCCUUCGCAUGCAUCGCCAUGAUGAAUACUAGAGAGCCACUCUGACUGGAGAGAAACAACACGGGCCCCGCCGAAAGUAGUAGAGCGGUGGUGCGUUCACCGCCGGGGGGCGCUAAAGGACAACCCGAGGCGCGGCCCCCUGUUUCCAGAUUCGCCGCUGAUAAAGUACCUCAGCACGAUCAGUAAACCAUGGGCAAAGUAUGCACAGGAAAAUCUGAUGUCCGUAGUAUUACAGGUUACACGUGUUCGAUCCCAUCCAAGUACCAAACGGUGGUGGUCGACAAUGAGGAGAAGAAGGGAUUCUCCUCACAGUCCAAGAGGUUCUCACUGGACACCCUGAAUGAGAACCCAGGCCCAGGAUCCUACUGCCCCCUCCCCUCGGCCGAGACCUUCAGUCCUUCCUUCUCUAAGAAGGGCACCAUGAGCUUCCCCUCCAAGGUCCCCAGAGUCCCCCGCCACCACAAGAGGGGCCUCCCCGGCCCUGACUCCUACAACCUGCAGUCCUCCUCGAUCGCCAGGCACAGCUUCGGACGGGGGGCCUCCCGGGCCUUCAGAGCUCCGGUGGCGGUCCCAGUGCUGGGCCCCAAGUUCAGAACACCAGGCCCAGAUCAGUACGAUGUAUCUGGUGGUCAUCCUGGUGGAAGCUUCCAGUCAAAGGGCUCAUCUACUUUCCUCUCCAGAACCAAACGUUGUGAUUUGGCCAUCAACCCAAACCUCCCAUCCCCGUGCCACUACCAGAUCAGCUGCACUGCGACCAAGAACAGCCCGAGAGCCGCCAUGUCUCCCUUCAAGUCCAAGUCCUCCCGGUUCCCUGCUCAGGUGGAUCACCGGGUCCCGGGUCCUGGGGCCUACAACCUCCACCACAGCCCGGACCCCUUGAGGAAGCCCACCCGGCUGAGGAGAAAGGUCCUGGUGAUGGCCACGCCCGCCCGCUUGGUUCCCAAGGGCCCGGCCUACCCUGGCCCGGGUCAGUAUGACCUGGUGGACUACGAGGGCCCCUCCAGCCACCCCGGGUCCACAGCGGCCUUCCUCUCGGAGACCCGGCGCAGUCCGCAGGGGGGAAGGGCCCCCCAGGCCGGGCCGGGCCCAGGUUAUUACGAACCACAGAAGUUAUCAAAGAAGUCAUUUUUGUACAACCCCAAGAUCUGGAAUCCCGUGUAAAGACCCUGAACCUGUGGACAUGUGUUCUGUGGAGUCUCCGUUCGUGUUGUCACAUCUCUCGCAUACGGAGGCAUUCACGCACAUCCCACACACAGACACACCACAUGGUGCGUAUUAAUAGUGUACCGUAAUGCGAUGUUCCGGACAUGCUCCGUAUUCCGUGCGUCUUGACACAUUGGUUUUUAGAAAAAUAAACUA